ACUACAAGUCUGUGGUGAGUACAAGUACAUGAGGUUAAAAUGGGAGAAUAAAAGGAAGACGUUUACACAGAUGAGAACUGAAAAAUGCGAACUUCUCUCAGACCAGUCAAAAUUCUGGGACUUGUGAUCGUUCGGAAAUCACCUGAUUCAUACCACGUUGUAAACAUUUAAAAUAUUAGGCGUUGAAUUGCUGCGGUUGAUUUAGACGUGACGGUGUGCGGGCUGUGUAGAUUCGUGUUACCAGUUCAUGGCCUCAUGACAUUACUUCUAGUCGUUAUUACCCGAUUUUCUUAGUCUCACACUUACCCUACUGCCAGUCGCUGUCGGUCUAUUUCAUUUGAUUUUUCCUUGCACACACAGCUCCAUACUCUCCUGCAACACUGUGUUUUAGAUCUCGGUAAUUCCAUUCCGGAAACUGGUGCACAAUUGCCUUGUAACUAGCGUAAACGCUUGAGUUAACUGUAUACAGUCGUAAUGACCUGCGUGGCCAAAUUUUACGACGAUGUUAUUGAAGAUGUUAUAAGUGGUGUUAAAGAUGAGUUUGUAGAGGAUGGCGGCGACAUCCAGAUACUUGAAGAACUUAAAAAGCUAUGGAAGUCCAAACUUGCUGAGACCCACGUCUUUAGCCCAGAGCCUGUCGGCGGAAGUGCUGCGCAAUAUCUGAACCUUUUGCAACGUUCUCAAGUUCAGAUCCAUCCAAGUGUCGUCAGUUCUGGAAAUUCCUCUGUAGGUUUACCAGUGAGGCAGUUGAAUACAAUCAUCCGAACUGGAUCAGAUCAGACAACAGCAAGCGUGGGGCUCCCUGGUACCCUUUCAGGUUUGCGACUGCCUGCAGCACGGGCCUCUGUUUCAGUUCCCACUCAAAUGCGAUCUCGUGAGCCAGUACAAGCUACUCCGUGUUUGGCCUCAGUUAUACUACCAUCUCAUUCACAAACACAAAAGCAACCUCAAACAACCAGCGUUCUUCCCUCUGUGCUUACUUCCAAUCCAAGUGGAGCUCAAACAAGACCUACUGCAACUACAAACGUUCAACAGGUCACAACACCCCAGCUCGCCACACUGCCUUCAGGUCUUACAGGACAUCUUGUACAAAUCGGCCAACAGACUUAUCUCGUCCCUCAGCCGUUAACAGCAGUCCGUCAACCUGGUGUUCAUCUGGCUGUUCCUCAGUACAUAGGUAAUCCAAGUGUGGCAACCAACAAUUCCAUGGCUUCAGAUCUUGGGCAGUUUAAACAAACACAGGUCGAUGGUGUCCAUGAUAGCGAUGACGAAAAGUUCUGUGACACUCCUGUAUCGCAAUCAAUGAGCGUACCUGGGCGUCGGAAGAAUCAAAACAGUGGACAACAUAAUUAUAAUGAUAGUGUUGCAUCCCAUGUCCAUCAUGGUUCAGAUCUAGAAGAUGACGAUGACGAUGAUGAUGACUUAGUCCCUGCUACUCCUGGUUUCACCCCACACUCGUCUGUUUUAUCUCACUACAACACUAGUCGUUAUGUGAUGGAUACUCCAAGAGAUAUGGGUGGGGGCACACCUCUUGUAAGUGCCCCACCCACUCCUAUGUCCCCACCUUCCGUAUCAGUCCAAGAAAGUCAUUUACGACCUGGACAACGGUCUUCAGCUACUCAUUCAUUUCACACUGCACAAACACCUGCCUCCAAACGUCGACGACUUUCACCAUACCACGGGAAGAAUACAGAUACAGACGAAUCUGAGGGUUGUGAUGAUGGUGAAGAUCCAGAAGUAGUAACUACUACCACUACACCGGUCAACCCAAACGAACUAUCUGUAGAAAACUACGAAAAUACUGUUGAUCCUAAGCGAAAAUUGGAUCAAAUGAAACAAAAAUCUAAACAGCGUCCACAACAAGAUAGGAAUUCAGUCAGUCCUAAGAACAGUCGUAUAGCAAAACAGUUUUCAUCCCCAACUGAAUCAGAGCUCGGUGUUCCAGAUCAGUUGGAAUUCCUUGAAGGAGACCCUCUAAAAACAGAAGAGGAAGGAGAAGAUGAGGAAGAAGAACCUUUGAACUCAGAGGAUGAUGUGAGUGAUGAAGAACCUGAAGUGCUAUUCGAAUCGGAUAAUGUUGUUGUUUGUCAGUAUGAUAAGAUUCAUCGAGCUCGAAAUAAAUGGCGUUUUCAUCUGAAGGACGGGAUAAUGUCCAUAAAUGGUCGGGAUCAUAUUUUCCAAAAGGCUGUCGGUGAAGCCGAAUGGUAGUUGGAAUGGAAUGUAUUUGACUACUAGUUUCUUCACAUCAAACGAUAUUGUCGAAAGAUGAAUUUGGCUACUGUUUCCUCUGCUUCCCGAUGCCAUUAUGUUUAGUCAUUUAUAUUAAUUAAUGCGAAUGUAAACCUUUUUGAGUGACUAUAGUUGCACUUGUUGUAUGCCUCUUUUAACCAACUUUGCGUUGUGUAAAGAAAAAGAUAACUAUAACCCAUUUCAUUUCCUUACAGUUAUAGUAAGGUACUUUUAUAGUCAUUUGUAAAAAAAAGAAUAAAUUGAAAACAUUAAAAAAACCGAACUAAAUCACCACACAAAAUUGAUGGGUUGCACGACAAAGAUGAAUUGUAUGACUUGAUACCAGUAUUCCUCACUAGCUAUUCGAUCCUAAUUAUGGUUUAAAAGUUCCUACCUUUAUUCUUUCUCCACUCAUCCUAUCUGUUCACGUUUCAUACUAUAGAAAAACUUAUAGUUAUUGUGCAUAUAUUAUUCAUUACUUUAUUACAUCCAGUUUUAUUGUGAUUAUCUUUUGUUUGUGUAUUUUUUAAAGAAAAGAAAUUUUAUUACUGUCUUCCUAACUAAAUCGUUGGUAAUAAUGGCAGUGAUUAUGGUCUUUAGUCUAAGAACGGAAUAUAUAUAUAUAUAAGGGAUGUAUAUGGUAUUCCGUUCUUAGAGCGUCUAAUAUUUCACCAAAUGAAAGAAAACAAUGAACUUUAGAAAUUAUUUUUCUGUUUAUCAUUUAUUUUAUCUCCUAUGGUGAGUUCAGCUGAUGGACACAAUCUAUAAAUUUGUGUAUCAUCUCGAUUUGGAGCUUCAAGGUUGGAAAUCCUUCAAAUUAGGGUCAUCUGGUGGUGGAAUCAUUAGCUUUACUCAAAAAAUUACAGUAUAUGAAAUAUUCGGAAAUAAACUGAAUAUCUAACCAC